UUGGCCCGUCUCCCGUCCCCGUCGCCACCUCCCGUGUCCGUCUCCACCUUGGACCUCCCGUCUCCACCUUGGGAGAGGCAGCUGCCCAGUUCUCGGUAGCACGCACGCAUGCCGCUCAACGCCCUCUGCAAGUGCUGCCGCCAGAGCCGCACCAAGUGCGACAUGAUCCAGCCGGACGGGACGGUGCGCGAGUGCUCCCGCUGCAAGAGGCUCGGCCUACUGUGCAUCCCCGAAGAGGACAGGCGCAAGCUCGGCAAGGGCCGCAGCAAGGGCCAAAAGGCGACGGUGGAGCUCUCCUCGCGCACCAUCGCGGAGCAGGGAGGGGCGCUGCUUCCGACUGACUUCGGGCCGGCCCUCGUGUCUGCCGCCACGCUUUCCAAGUGCUCCUCUUCGGCUGGCUGGCACCCGUCCAUCUGCGAGCCGGCGCAGGUCCCCAUCCAGGUCUCCGUGUCCGUGUCGACCGCCGACGAGGCCGUGGAGCUCGGCAGGAUCUUUGGCCAGAUGGCCUCCUACAUGACAAAGCUGCUCGUGAUGGCCUGCUCGCACGGCAACCGUCUCUCUGACCGCAACGUGCUGAUGGGAGCGCUGCACGUCGUCCUCGACGUCGCGGAGAAGCGCAACUGCUGCUCCCUGACGGCCUUUGCGAUGCGGUCGGCCCACCAGCUCGGCUUCAAGAUGUCGGACAUCCAGCUCAAGGAGGGGGCCGUCUAUACAUCUCCCCUCCCCCUCUCCGUCCCGGACGUCGUCAUGGACCUCUUCAGCUCGCCCUGCCUUGUCUUUGCCCGCAUGUUCGACGGGACCAGCUAUCGAAACGCGCCCAACGCCCACCUCACGGAGCACCUCGGAUUUCUCUCCGCCGACAAGGUGGUCCCCCACGCCAUGAAAUCGGCCGCCGGACCCCCGCAGCUGCUCAACCUGCUCCUCGAGAAGGAGGCGGAUCGGCAGCGGCUGCUGAAGGCCUUUGCCGAGGCGCUGAGCAUGCCGCUGUCGCCCGUCGAGUCCAAGCAGGAGGGCGUCACGGUCACGAUGGGCCAGGUGCAGAUCGACGGACCGUUCGUGCUCAAGAUGAGGCGGGGAAGCCAGUUCGUGCAGGGCCUCUCGAAGCUGGGCGUCGCGCUCGAGCUCGGUGCCGAGUCGGACGAGGUGGCGGUCUCCUUCACGGGCCACGUGCGGCGCGUGCUCGUGCGCGAGGCUGGGAGCAGCCGCAUCCCGUGCAGCUUCUUCAUGAGCGCUUUCUCGCCGUUUGGCGCCGACGGAGGGGGCGUACUCCAGGUGGUGAUGGGCCUCAUGGGGAGCGCGCCGGAGCUGGCGCAGCUCAUCAUCGCCAACCAGGACACCCUGUCAUCUGUGAGCGAGGAGGAGCUGUGCGCCAUGAUCGACGACGAUGUGAUGGCCGAUUGCGCGCGUUGCGUCCAGCUCUCCGGCGGCGAAUCGCUCAUCUCAGAGGUGCUCGCGCUGAUCUGAGUGCGAGCCUCGGUGUACAGGUUUCAUCGUGUCCAUUAUGCGCUGUCUGCCUUGCUGUCUGCCAGACUUAGUCUGCGCGUCCCUCCCUGCGCGCUGUGCUCGAGGCGCUGUGGUCAUUGUGUACACGUUCUUACCCUGUGUGCUGUGCUCUUAGUAGGAAAAGGAAAAGAAAAAUCGUAAGCCUAGCUCAAAAGAAAA